UGUUAAACAAAUGGAGCUGUUCCAACAUCUAACAGCCUUUCCCCUCUGCUGUGGAUCGUGCACUCAGUCGAUAUACCUGUUAAAGAUGGCCAAAGUAAGGUGUUUAAAAAAGACCUUUCAGGAAAGCCUGGAGGACAUAAAGGAGCGUAUGAAGGAGAAAAGAGUGAAAAGGCUGGCAAAGGUGGUUACGGUCAAGGCCUAUUCUGCAAAAGCCACGAAGAUCAACAACAGCUCUGUGUCCGUGAAAAGUGUUCAAGAGAACAACAAAGCGCUUGCUUUGGCCCUGGAAGAAGAGAAGGUCACAUCAAGGCAAGCUCAAGAUCUUAUCUUACAUUUAAAAAGAGAACACCAGAGUUUGAUGUUUGAAAUUUUCAUGUUACGAAGGAAGCUCAGCUUGCACAAUGGAAGGGAGUCUACAAACGAUAAACUGUCAUCUUUGAAAGACAUAAUUGCCAAAGUCACUUCCAAUUUAUUGGAGACCGCAAAACUCCUGGGACCAGCUCAAGUUCUAUGCACUAGUAAUAACAUUGAUAAUACCCCUUCUGUUAGUGAAAAACCUUUGGAGAAGUAUGAAACCAUCAGACCCUUAUGUAGGGGACUUCCACAACAUGCUCCUGCUUCAAAUCCAAGUGAACCUUCUAUGUACCCAAAGGAAAGUGGCCGAAAUGACGAGAACCUUAAUUGCGAAGAUGAUGUUUUUGAAAGUUCUGAAAAGAUAACUUCCGCAAACAAAGAAGAAGUGCAUUUGGUUCCUAAUGAGAAGCCUGAAAGAAUAGCUCACUUGCAUAGAAAUGUGUCUACCAGACGUCCCCGUUCUAACUUGAACUCCUGCAGAGAGGAACCUGUGUUUCAAGACCGGUCAGAAGAUGACUUUUUAAAUGCAGAUUAUGUUCAUUCUGGAACAGAAAACAUUGCUCCUGUAGAGGAUUGUAAUUUUAGAAAUAAUGGAGGAAUGGAGAACUUGGACACAUUUCCAAGCCCAUCUAAAGAAGAGUUUCUGCCCGAUUCCGAAAUUAACAAAAUAGCAAGUUCAACCCCUGAAAUAAAAACAAAAGAUAUACCAGCCAAGAGCAAAGAAGACUCUCGGACUGGCAGCGAGAGAGUUCGAAAAGGCAAAACGGAUAAGGCAGGUAGCCUCCCUUUGAAAAAGCCAUGGGAAAAUUCCAAACCCAGAGCCAGAUCAAAAAGUAGGGAGCGGGGAACAAGCAAACACUUGGUCUCCAAUGAAAAAAUGAAUUCUUCUUUAAAUUCUGGCGAUGCUUAUGACUUUGCCUUUGAGGAAAGUGUACAUGUCACUCCUUUUCGUCAAAAUAAACCAGAGGAAGAAGACCUUAAUGAGAACAGUUCUGUUGAAAGCAAUAAUGAGGAUGACAUGGAUGACAGCUUGUAUGUACCUCACAAGGAAAACGCAAAAAACAGAAAUCGCACACAAAGCAGUAUUUCUGUUCCAUUAAGACCCAGAUCUAAACGAAGCAAAGCUAUUCAACCUCAGAAGAAAGAAAAUAAAAAAGAAGUGCAGGAAGAACAAGUGAAUGUAAAGACAAAUGGAAGAAAUGGUGUAAAGGUUAAGACUGAGCAUGCUGUGGAGACUAGCACAAAUGUGCCAACAGAAACUGUGGAAACUAGAGAAAGCUUGUUACCAACAUAUGAGGAUGCAGAGGAUUUAAUCGGCAAUCCUUUCCAGCUUAAUGUUCCCCCUGAGAAGCUUCACCUUGACACAAACACUCCUACAGAAAGAAUUCUGGGUUGCAUUGCUGCAGCGCCUCCAACCCCACGCUUCAGCCUAUCUGAUGUCACAAACUUAUCGGGAUGUUCAGAAGUUAAAAAACGCUCUUGUCCACUUUACAACAGCGAUGAAAGAAAAAAACAUGGAACUCCGAUCCGAAAACGGCGUUGUACAGUAACUGUUAAUUAUGCUGAGCCCAAGUUGAGCGCGAAACUCAGAAGAGGGGAUCCCUUCACAGACACAGAAUUUUUAAAUUCUCCCAUUUAUAAGCAGAAAGAUGCCCGGAGGUCCCUUAAAAAGAAUUCAUUAUCGAGAUACAAUGAAGCAUUUGUUGGCUGCAGUAGAUGAGACAAUGUGGCUAUAGAACUGUUGCGAGGUUUCAUUUUGUAUAUGCACAAAUUUGUGGUCUCCUGUUUUGUACCGUACGUUUGUAAGGUGUCUAUUCUUGUGAGUAGUGUACAAUUGUCUUCAUUAACGUUGGCACGGGCCUACAUUUUAAUUUGUUAUGAUCACUAGUUUUCAUGAGUAUUUUAGUUAUGGAAUCUGCCUCUCCCUGUUGUUUUCUAAUCUGUUCUGUAAAUCGGUAAUGUUUUAGCUACAGAUUUAUUUUUUUUUAUACAUAGUCCUGUACCUUGUAAAUGAAGUGUAAAUGUCUAAAAAUAAACUCUUAACUUUUUCCAUGAGAUUGGUAACAUUGGAAGUGGUGUGAA